AUGGAAUACCAAUACAUUUAUCCAUUCAUUUUCGGUGAUUCUCAAUCAUCAUCCUCACCAUCAUCAAGAUCAUGUAGUAGACAAUCAACUACUACUGGAGCACAACAAUCACAUUGUCAAAGAAAGAGUCAACAGACCCCAACAACACCAUCGUCAUGGUCACCAAGAAUCGAGAUUGCCGAGACAGAGACUGAAUUCAUUAUCAGUGCUGAAUUGGCAGGUGUCAAAAAGGAAGAUAUCAAUUUAAAUAUUGAAAAGGAUGUUUUAACCAUCUCUGGUGACAAGAAGCAAGUUGUUUAUGAAUCAAAGGCCCAAUUGGAGGAAACGAUUGAAUCUUCACCUCCAGUUCCAUCCACAACUGAGAACGACGAAUCAGAUAGUGAUGUCGAAUUACCAACAGUCGAAGAAGAUUUUGAAGAUUUGACACCAUCGUCAUCAUCAUCAAACAAAGUAUCACCAUCACCAUCAACCGAUUCCAAUAAUAAUAAUAAUUCAAGUAAAUCAAUUCCAGUAGUUACCAAUAAUGAAAAGAAAGAAUCAAAAUCAACAACACAAUACCAUCGUAGAGAGAUUAGUUAUGGAAAGUUUAGUAGAUCAUUUGAAUUGACCGAUAACCUCGAAUUGGAAUUAAUCACAGCCAAACAUAAUGACGGUGUUUUACAAAUCACUGUUCCAAAGAAGAAACAACUUCCACCAAAACAUAUUAAAAUUAAUAUUCAUUAA